GUAAUCAUAGUUUUGGCGGUUGAGGUUUGCUUUUGCUUCAUCAAACUGUACCCUCUCGUUCUCCUCUCCUAAAGAUUAUACACGGAAAAAAGAUUACACAGGGAAAAAAAGGAAAGGAGAAACAAAGCUGUGGAGCUUAGUAGCCUACAAUGAAAGCAUUACUGUCACCGCCACCACCAAGAUCAAAUAUCUUCUGCUCCCAUCAUGAGCGUUUCUUUCUCUCUGUAUAUCCCAUUUCGCCUCUGCAGAAGCCACCUCGCUUAGACGCAAGAUUGGGCGCCAAUCGACCGCAGAAUCUGAAGGUGGUGUUCGUAACGAGAGCUGCUGAUUCAACUCAGCCUUCAACUACUGCCUCGCCGUCUUCUGCCAAAACUAUUGUUACUGAUGAUGAAUUCUCUCUCGCUAAGGUGUCAUUUGGUGUUAUUGGAAUGGGUGUUGGGAUUUCACUCUUAUCGUAUGGUUUUGGGGCGUACUUUAAUGUCCUUCCAGGAUCUGAAUGGUCAGCAUUAAUGCUAACGUAUGGCUUUCCUCUUGCAAUUAUUGGUAUGGCUCUCAAGUAUGCGGAACUGAAGCCAGUACCAUGCCUGACUUAUUCUGAUGCUCAAAUGUUAAGGGAAACAAGUGCUACUCCAAUCCUUAAACAGGUUAGGAGUGAUGUUAUAAGAUAUCAAUAUGGAGAUGAGCAGCAUUUGGACGAGGCACUAAAACGUAUUUUUCAGUAUGGUCAGGGUGGAGGAAUUCCAAGGAGGAGUGCCCCUAUUCUACAGAUGAUUCGUGAAGAGGUAACAGAAGAUGGUAAAUACUGCCUAGUCUUGGUGUUUGAGGCAAAAGCAUUACAGUUGUCGGAUUUUGAUAAAAGACAGGAAAAAUUUGCUUCAUUCUUUGGACCAGACGUCAGAGCUGAAGUUGGGAAGGGGGAGAAUGAUCUAUAUGAAGUCCGACUAAUUUCGAACUUAAAUGUCGAUUUGUCGUCUUCAUGAAGUGAUUAAUGGUAUCAUCUGAUUCUGCUAUUUACUUUAGCUUUUGUUCAUUAAAGUAGUCUCUCGGUUAAACUUUUAUAUUCUGAUGUUUUAGAUUUAGUUUGCCGUUUAUAUUUUGCAACAUGUAAAAUUUUUGUUUCUCCAAAUAUAUAUAUAUAUAUACACGAAAGCAGGUGGGAAAGAAUGAAUGAAAUGAUGGACAAAGAUGACAGGAACAAAGCAGAAUUAUAAUUGAAAAGCAACAAGUAAUUCCAUUAACAUGAAGGUAUUCAAAGGGGAAUGGCAAAAUAGGAUUCUAUUUUAUUCUUUGUGUUUUUUACUGGCUGGCUGGCUUCAAGUAAACUUGAAAUCUAUUUUUGAAUAUGGAUUUUGCAAAAUUACCCAUUA